AUGUCUCGUCCAGAGGAUUUGGCACCACCGGAGAUUUUUUACAAUGAUUCUGAGUCCCAAAAGUACACUUCGUCGACAAGAGUUCAGCACAUCCAGGCCAAGAUGACGCUGCGGGCUCUAGAACUGCUCAACAUUCCUCCCUGCUCAUUUGUACUCGAUAUCGGUUGCGGGUCGGGUCUGAGUGGGGAGAUCCUCACAGAAGAGUAUGGCCACGUCUGGUGCGGGUUGGAUAUAUCUCCCAGCAUGCUGGCUACCGGACUAACGCGAGACGUGGAGGGAGAUCUAAUGCUUCAGGAUAUGGGGCAGGGAAUACCGUUUCGUGCCGGGACGUUCGACGCUGCUAUAAGCAUCAGUGCCAUCCAAUGGCUGUGUAACGCUGACACUUCAUACAAUGACCCUCGCAAGAGGCUCAUGCGAUUCUUCAACUCGCUGUACGCUGCACUGCGGAAAGGUGGCAAGUUUGUGGCCCAGUUUUAUCCCAAGAACGACGAACAGCUGGAUCAGAUUCUGCACUCGGCCAAGGUUGCCGGUUUCAGCGGCGGACUGGUGAUCGACGACCCUGAGUCCAAGAAGAACAAGAAAUACUACCUGGUGCUGAGCUCGGGGUCGCCUAACUCCGCGGAUGAGCAGGUCAACCUGCAGGGUGUGACUAUGGAUAAAGAAGAGCACAAGACCAAGAAGGACAAAAAUCACAAGGAGUCAAAAAAGACGUUCAUCCUGAGGAAGAAAGAGCUCAUGAAACGCAGAGGGCGGAAGGUCGCAAAGGACUCGAAGUUCACCGGUAGGAAGAGAAGGCCUAGGUUCUAA